AUGGCGACUCUCAAAGCUCAGAUUGCCCCCGUUCCGACCGCUACCGACUUCUUGGACAUUGUUCUCUCCAAGACACAGCGAAAGACGCCUACCGUCGUUCACCCAGGAUGGAAGAUCACGCGUAUCCGUUCCUUCUACAUGCGCAAGGUCAUGUUCACCAAGGAUGCUUUCGCUGAGAAGCUUGAUGCUAUUCUUAAGGAGUUCCCCAUUAUGGACAACCUUCACCCCUUCGUCUCCUCGCUCCUCAAUGUUCUGUACGACAAGAACCACUACAAGCUUGCGCUCGGUCAGCUCAACACUGCCAAGCACCUCAUCGAGCAGGUCUCCAAGGACUACAUUCGUCUCAUUAAGUUCGGUGACUCGCUUUACCGAUGCAAGCAGCUCAAGCGUGCAGCUCUCGGUCGUAUGGCCACCAUCAUGAAGCGCCAGAAGGACCCUCUAGCCUACCUUGAGCAGGUCCGACAGCACAUGUCACGUCUCCCACCCAUCGACCCAAGCACAAGAACUCUUCUCAUUUGCGGAUACCCCAACGUUGGCAAGUCCAGCUUCAUCAACAAGGUCACCCGAUCUGAUGUCGAUGUCAAACCCUACGCUUUCACCACCAAGUCGCUCUUUGUCGGUCACAUGGACUACAAGUACCUUCGAUGGCAGGUCGUUGAUACCCCGGGAAUCCUCGACCACCCACUCGAAGAGAUGAACACCAUUGAGAUGCAGUCCAUCACUGCUCUUGCUCAUCUUCGAGCCGCCGUUCUCUAUUUCAUGGACCUCUCAGAGCAGUGUGGCUACACCGUCGAGGCCCAGGUUCAGCUCUUCAACAGCAUCAAGCCUCUCUUUGCAAACAAGCCUUGCAUUCUUGCUAUCAACAAAACUGAUGCCAAACGACUCUCAGACCUCGAGCCCGAGCGUGCUGCUUUGGUGCAGAGCAUCAUUGACGAAUCUGACGGCAAGGUCAAGCUCGCCGAGCUCAGCACAUAUACCGACGAGGGUGUCAUGGAGACACGAAACCUCGCCUGUGACGUCCUGCUCGCAUCGCGUGUCGAGACUAAGAUGAAGGGUAGCAAGAUCAACGCCGUCCUCAACCGCCUCCACGUCGCCCAACCCAAGUCACGAGAUGACGUCAAGAGAACUGCCUACAUUCCCGAGGCUAUCGCUAAUGGUUCUGCCAAGAAGUAUGACGCCAAGGACCCCGAGCGACGCAAGACGCUCCGGGACGAGCAGGAAGAGAAUGGAGGUGCCGGUGUCUUCAACAUCGACAUCAAACGCGAUUACAUGCUCGCCAACGACGACUGGAAGCACGACCACGUCCCCGAAAUCUACGAGGGCAAGAACAUUGCUGACUUUGUCGACCCCGACAUUCUCGACAAGCUCGAUGCUCUCGAGCGCGAGGAGGAGAAGCUUGAGGCAGAUGGCUUCUACAACGAUAGCGGCGAUGAGGGCUCCAUGCUCGACGAGGAAGAGGCGGCUAUCCGCAGCGCUGCUGCUGCUAUCCGUGAGCGUCAGCUCAAGGCCAAGCUUGCGGCACAGGACCGAAGCAUGGUCAAAAACCAGGCUCGUGUGCCACGCAAGUUCCAGGAGCGCACCUUGUCACAGAUGGCCGAGCGAAUGCGCGAGAUCGGUGUCGACCCAAGCAGCGUCACCGCUCGUGCCGAGAUGCUCGCCAAGGCCAAGGGUCUCGCCGGUGGCAAGCGCAAGCGAUCGGGCGAUGGCGACGAUGAGGACGAGGAGAUGGACGAGGAUGACGAGGAGGAGGCCGUUUGGGAAGAUGACGUGGAGAUGGACACUGAGGAGGCCGACAUCAGUCUCUCAAGAAAGGCUCGCAAGAGCAACGUUAGUGGCCGUCUGCUUUCAUCGACACAAGCGCCAGUCAACCGUGCUGGUGGUCACAUCAGUGCGCGUGCGGGUCCAGCGCGUGUCGCCGCAUCCGACCGACAGUUGGCUGGUCUCAAGAACUCGGAACAGCUCGAAAAGGCAAGAAAGCUGCGCGAACUUGCCAUGCGAGAGGGCAACUGGCACGCCAAGGCCGGAGAGUCGGAUCGUGCUGUCAAGGAGACCAAGCCAAAGUGGCUCUUUGCUGGCAAGCGUGGCAAGGGUACUUCGAGGUCGCGUUAA